AUGGUUGCAUUUGGACGACCUUUGUUCCUUAUCGAGUCCGGAUGUGGUGCGUACGACUAUCUUCUACUGGCGAUUACAGAACUGCAACGGACCACAACUGCCAGCUCUCGCUCAAUAAUGGCGUACGUACUCGCCAUACGUCUCAGCAACAUCGACUCUUCCAGCAUAAUAUUUUUUUUUCUUUCCUUCGCCAACGAGCUAUCUCUUGACCUGGAUGAUCUGAAGCGCACCUAUAACUCGAUCGACGUAAUGUCGAAAGCACUCGGAGACCUUCAUCUUGAUACAAUGAAGGCAGGCGAAAACACCUUGCGCAUCGUCCCUUUUAGUGAUGUGUACCCAAGUUGCUGCUAG